AUGUCGGAGCUGAUGGAGGUCUGGCCCUGCCCACAGGCUUGGGCGCAGGCAGGAACCGCUGGGGAGUUUACAGUUGGAGGCUCCAGGGCGCCCACGGCCCCCGGGACACAGGGAUGUCAGGCCCGAGGCCGGUCGUCCUGAGUGGACCGUCAGGGGCCGGGAAGAGCACCCUGCUGAAGAGACUCCUGCAGGAGCAUGGCAGCGUCUUCGGCUUCAGCGUGUCCCACACCACAAGGGACCCGCGGCCUGGAGAAGAGAAUGGCAAAGAUUACUACUUUGUGACGAGGGAGGUGAUGCAGCGGGACAUCGCCGCGGGCGACUUCAUCGAGCACGCCGAGUUCUCAGGGAACCUGUAUGGGACUAGCAAAGCUGCUGUGCGGGCAGUGCAGGCCAUGAACCGCAUCUGCGUGCUGGACGUGGACCUGCAGGGUGUGCGGAACAUCAAGAAGACGGACCUGCAGCCCAUCUACAUCUUCGUGCAGCCACCCUCGCUGGACGUGCUGGUGGGGGCGCUGGGCCGAAGCUGCAGGGGAG